UCCUGCCUGCAGAUAUUUCGUGGCCUCCCCCCUCCUUGUCUUCAAAAGCAGUUUCUUGGAUAGGCACAACGGCCCGAGUGACAUCGAAGGAUGGAGAAACGCGUGGUGUUGGUAAGCGCGGCGGUGGCCGUGCUCGGCGUCGCCGCCGCCGUCUUGGGGUUCGUCGCGGAGGGCACCAAGUCCAAGGCGUUCGUGAGCUUCGACGGGCAGCGCUGCGUGUACCGGCGCACGCCGGCGCUCGUCUUCGGCGUCGUCGCGGCGCUGCUCGCGCUGGCGGCGCUGGCCCUCGCCACCGCGGCCAGCGGCUGCUUCGGCCGCCGCGGCGCCCCCGCGACCGGCCGCAGGAGCGCCACCGCCUUCAGGCUGUCGACCGUCGCCUGGGUGCUGGUGGCGGUGGCGGUGGUGAUGUUCCUCUACGGCGCGGCGAUGAACCGGGGCGGGACGCGGGGCCUCUCCACGAGCAGGCGGGGCCGGUACUACCGCCGCACCUACUACUACGGCUGCGCCGUGCUCAGGAACGGCAUCUUCUCCACGGCGUCCAUCCUGUCCGCCGCCGCCGCCGCGUGCGCGGUCACCGCCUACGUCUACCUCCAGCAGAUGGACGCGCCGGCCGUGCCGGGCCAGUUCGCCGUGCCAGGAGUCGCGAUGGGGCAGCCGCAGUGGGCGCAGCCGUACCCACCGCCGGCGUACCCGCCGCCCAUGGGUUACCCUGCUCCUCCCCCGUACGGCGGCUACGGCGCCAAGCAACCUGCGGGGACAGCUUGAGCUUGACGUCAGUUCCAGCGCACCGUGUACGCUCACGGAAUGUAUGAUCAUAUGUUGGAAUCUAUUACUCCCUUCAUUUCGAAAGUAUAAGGUAUAUAUUUUGUUUAUCAAUACAUGGCUUAAUUACAUUGCAAUGCUGUUAUGCUGGCUACAA